AUGUCUUCCAGCAGCAUGAUCGAGUCGCCGGUGGGGUUGUCAUUAGGAAUACGCUCAUCAUUACAGGUUUGGGUGAACGGGGUAUCUGCGCACCGCGAAUUUUCUGUCGGUAUUGUCCUGAAAAAUGUUGGAAUUUGUCUCAUUAAGUCCUCUAAUAAGGGUUUUUCGGCAUUGAGGCUUGAUAUCCCAGGCGCAUGGCAAAUGCCUCAGGGCGGUGUAGAUGAAGGGGAGGAUCCAAGAGGUGCUGCAAUUAGAGAAUUGAGAGAAGAGACUGGAGUCACAUCCGCCGAGAUUCUUGAUGAGGCCUCAUGGUCAAGUUCCGUUAAAAGAGAUGAAAACAGACUGGCAUGCUUGUCUUGACAACAAAAUGGGAUUCAAGCGUACCUUCUCCAGUCUCUGCUAUCUGUAAAAAAAUUGAAGACAAAUGGAAUUUCCCAGAAGUUCCUAUGGAAGAAGACUAAAAGGUGAAAACUGCUUAUGGAGGCAACUAGUUUAGUUCCAUGUAUCUUUUUGUUUCAGGAGCUUGUGAUGUAUUUACAUGCCCUGAAAUUAUUUCUUUUUGUCUACAGUGAGUUAUAAGCCCCCUCAAAAGUCUAUGAGGAUAAGGAGUUCAAGUCACUAAUUUGGUUGGCUACUUUGCAACAAGAAGAGACCAGACACAGUACAAUUUAGUUAAGUGCAUAUAUUCCUCUGUGACAUGGUUUCUUGAGCACACAAACUUCAUUAAUAAUAUCAUUGUUUACAGAUCAAAAUGUAGGAU